UUGGAAAUAGAAACCGGAAACAAUGUGUGAGUGUGAAACUUGGCCCUGAUCAGAGGGCAGGGGAGCAGUGGACAUACAGUACUGUGACUCUAAUGCAUUUCAGGCCCGGUUUGUCACCACAAACAAGGUAUGGCCCUGUGGUAAUGUGCGCCAUCGGCUGUGGAAGCCAUCGUUGCCGCUGUCGUCCCGCCGUGCCUUUGUGAGUCCUGACGGGCCGAGACCCACCACCAUGGCCUCAGCGUUACCCCGCUGCACAUCUGUCAGACUCCCCGCUCUGGCCACCGUCGUCCUGCUCCUGGCGUCGGUGACCACUGUACAGUCCUCUCAAGGCGACAAGGAGCCAGUUUACCGAGACUGUGUGAAGCAAUGCGUCCGGACCAACUGCACCGGAGCCCGGCUACGGGGCUUCCAGUCUGCCCAGCCGCAGUACAUGGCGCUGACAGGUUGGACAUGUCGUGACGACUGUCGCUAUCAGUGCAUGUGGACCACCGUGGGCCUUUACCAGGCAGAGGGUUACAGAGUCCCGCAGUUCCAUGGCAAGUGGCCAUUUGCGCGCUUCCUGUGUUUUGAGGAGCCAGCGUCUGCCCUGGCCUCUCUGCUCAAUGGCCUGGCUUGCCUUCUCAUGCUGCUGCGCUACCGGAGCACGGUGCCACGCCAGAGCCCCAUGUACCACACCAUCAACGCCUUCUCUCUGGUAUCUCUUAAUGCCUGGUUCUGGUCCACUGUGUUCCACACCCGGGACACCUAUCUCACUGAGAAAAUGGACUAUUUCUGCGCGACAGCAGUCAUUCUUUAUUCAAUCUACCUAUGCUGUGUCAGAACGCUGGGUCUGAGGCGGCCUGGGGUGUCCAGCAUGGUGGGAGUCCUCCUCAUCUUGGCCUUUACCUCGCAUGUGUCCUACUUGACCUUUGUCAGCUUUGACUACGGCUACAACAUGGCUGCUAAUGCCACCAUCGGAAUGGUGAACCUCCUGUGGUGGCUGUGUUGGUGCUGGCAGAACCGACGGACCCUGCCAUACUGGUGGAAGUGUGGACUGGUGGUGGUGCUGCUUCACGGUCUGGCCCUGCUGGAGCUGCUGGAUUUUCCCCCACUGCUCUGGGUCUUAGAUGCUCACGCUGUGUGGCACCUCAGCACCAUCCCAGUGCACUUCCUUUUCUACAGUUUCCUGAUAGACGACAGCCUCUACUUACUAAACACAGAGAAGAUGGGCGUCAAAGUUGAGUAGGAGGAGCUCAUCGCCUCUUCACCACACCUGCACCCCUUGUACCCCCUCCAAUCAGGGCAGCUGGACACCUGAACACGGAAGUAGCUCAGCCCCCCAGAUGACAUGCAUGACACCACUAUGACUUCCAUCAAAGCAGCCUUUGUUUACAUUUUAAAUUUCUUGUAUUUAUUUCUUUUUUUUUUUUAAAUGAGAAUUAUCACCAUUGAUGCUUGUUCAACAUAACUUUGCCUUGUGCUGACACUCACGCCACCAUCUGCCGUAACAGGACAGAGGACAACGUUUUGCAUUCUGCCACAGCAGAGCCAGUUUUUGAUGCUUCCGACUGCGACCCAGACUCUUGGGUGCUGUUUAAACCGAUCCCCCCUGAACUCCAUGUCUUUAACUUCAGCCUCAUUCUCACCAGCCUCCUGGGGAAAUCCAGCACACGUUGCUUAGCUCUUGCACAAAACGGCAGUUUGCGGUGACUGACAAUAGAUGGCACCAAAUCAUCGACCAUCAUUAAUCUGCUCUGUGCGGUUGCAACAUGUGUCAGGGUCCGUCUGUGCCAAAAGUGGACUGACGGACAUCAGAGAGAGUUUCCCCUUGUGAAUGAGGGAGGGGGGCAGAGGGGGCUGCCAGCAGAUUGAUCUAGAGAGAGGGGGAAGGGGGUUUGUGUUUGGAGGCUAUUCUAGCUGACUGUGUUUUUUUUUUCUCUUUUCUCACCAUCACACCUUUAUUUUUGUGCCUCUGUUGUUUCCACUGGUGCUUUUUUUCUUUCUUACAUUCUUCAGUAUCAUUUUAGAUUUUUAUUUUCACUCUCAUAAGCUGCCUUAUUUGUUUUAAUUCCUCUGUUGGCGUCAAGCGACUUGUGCUUUAUUCUGUUGACAGUUUUACUUUGAUUACUUGAUUACUUAAUUUUGGCUGGGGAUGUUCCUGAUGAUCAUAAAUGUUAUUUUUAUUCACCUGGAUUGCCUUUUAGAGUGAGGGAGAGGAAAAAAAUGAUUGAGGUAGGAAUUACAAGCAAUGCAACAGGAAACAAGUUUAUUUUUUUACAUGAAGAGUUUCUAAUGAAUUCUUGGGUUAGGAGGUGUGUGUGUGAGAAUGAGUGUUUAGGUGUUUGUUUGACACCCAUUAUUUUGAUUUGGUAGCUGCAGUAUUCCCCAGAACAACACACACACACACACACAACCAGCUGCUUUACAGAUAUAUACACGGUUAUGUAAAAUACACCAUUUCCCUCCAUAUCUGCCUUACACACUGUGUCAGAACCUUUUUUGUAUCAAAUAAUUUUUUGUCCUCUCUGAGAAACUCUUGAAUUCAUACAAUUUAUGUCUUCAUCCCUCAGAGGUUUCCCAUCCAUAUGUGCACUUUAUGGGUGUGUGUCUGUACAUUUACAUGCCGUUUUUUUGUUUUAAAUUCUGCCCAUGCCUUUGUAUUUCUGUGCGAGAAUGCGAACAAUGACCAGUAUGUGUGUACAUGUUGCCUUGACUCGA